AUGACCGGCCACCACGGCUGGGGCUACGGCCACAAGGACGGCCCCUCACAGUGGUACAAGCUGUAUCCCAUUGCCCAGGGAGUCCGCCAAUCACCAAUCAAUAUCAUAUCCAGACAAGCUGUGUAUUCGCCCAGCCUGAAGCCACUGAAGCUUUCCUACGAGGGCUGCACAUCCCUCAGCAUUGCCAACAAUGGCCACUCCGUCCAGGUGGACUUCAACGACAGCGAUGAUCGAUCUGUGGUGACUGGGGGCCCCUUGGAUGGGCCCUACCGGCUCAGGCAGUUCCAUUUCCACUGGGGCAAGAUGCACAACGUGGGCUCGGAGCACAUGGUGGAUGGCAAGUCGUUCCCCUGCGAGCUGCACUUGGUCCAUUGGAACGCCAAGAAGUACAGCACCUUUGGGGAGGCGGCCUCAGCCCCUGACGGCCUGGCGGUGGUCGGUGUCUUCUUGGAGAUCGGGGCUGAGCACCCCUAUAUGAACCGUCUGACAGACGCACUCUACAUGGUUCGGUUUAAGGGCACCAAGGCCCAGUUCACCUGCUUCCAGCCCAGUUGCCUCCUGCCUGCCAGCCGGCACUUCUGGACCUACCCGGGCUCCUUGACCACACCCCCUCUGAGUGAGAGCGUCACCUGGAUUGUGCUCCGACAGCCCAUCAGCAUCUCUGAGAGGCAGAUGGAGAAGUUCCGGGGCCUGCAUUUCACCUCGGUGGACGAUGAGAGGAUCCACAUGGUGAACAACUUCCGGCCGCCACAGCCACUAAUGGGCCGUUUGGUCAAGGCCUCCUUCCGGUUCUGA